UCUGAUUCCAGAAUAAUGUAUGAAGGAAGAACUUUCAGUUAGAACACUGCUAUUUUGAGCUGGAUUUGAACCAGCGUAGACAUAUUUUCAAUGAAUUUACAGUGCUGUUCAAAUUCUUUCUUCCUCCUGUUCUAUGGAUUUUUUGUUUAACCAAUGAAGGGAGGCAACAAUCAACCUUAAAAAUUGGACCAGCAUAGACUGGGUUUAUCUAACCACAAAUCAAGAAUAUGGCUCAUUUUUCUUUCGUAUGUGCCUCAAGCCGUAUCCCUUUGCCCCUAGCAAAUGAUUGAUUAAAAUAGACAAAGAGAAGCACUAAAGUCCCUGUGCUAGAGGGCAAUGGAGCUAGAUGAAAUCAGCAACUUACCAGGGCAUGUUGUAGAUCAAAUUCUUUCACAGUUGUCAAUUAGGGAGGCGGUAAAGACAAGUGUUUUGUCAAGCAAGUGGAGAUAUAAAUGGGCUACCCUUCCAAAUCUUGUGUUUGAUAAUGAGUGUUACUCAUUUUCUUCAUUAGAUCAAACUGCCGUCAAGAGUAAACUUGUGAAUAUUGUUGAUCACGUUCUCUUACUUCAUAAUGGCCCAAUUUACAAGUUCAAGCUAUCACAUCGAGAUCUUCAAGGUAUUAGUGACAUUGAUCGGUGGAUUCUUCAUCUAUCAAGGCACUCUAUCCAAGAAUUCAUACUUGAAAUUUGGAAAGGGCAACGCUACAAGAUGCCUUCUUGUUUAUUUUCUUGCCAACAUUUGAUUCAUUUAGAGUUAUUUAAUUGUUUGCUAAAACCUCCAUCGACAUUUAAAGGCUUCAAGAGUUUGAAGAGCCUUGAUCUUCAGCAUGUGACCUUGGCUCAAGAUGUGUUUGAAAAUCUAAUUUCUAGUUGUCCUCUACUUGAGAGAUUGACAUUGAUGAACUUUGAUGGUUUCACUUAUCUCAACAUUGAGGCACCAAAUCUCCAGUUUUUUGACAUUGGAGGUGUUUUUAACGACAUUAGUUUUGAAAAUGCCUUCCAAUUAGCUGUUGUUUCCAUUGGAUUAUAUGACAAAAGGCAAUCCCAUGCCAACUCUAGCAAUUUGCUCAAAUUUUUUGUUCAUCUGCCUCAUAUCCGAAGGUUGGAGAUUCAGAGUUACUUUUUGAAGUAUUUGUCCGUUGGCUUUGUGCCAGGAAAGUUGCCUAAUCCAUGUUUCAAUCUCAAUUAUCUUUCUAUACGCAUAAACUUCAAUGAUGUGGAUGAGGUUUUAACUGCUCUAUGCAUCUUAAGAAGUUCCCCUAAUCUGCAAGAACUAGAAGUUUUGGCUCGUCCAGAGGAGCAGGCUGCUGUGGGAACAGUAACUAACAUAAAAGAAGACAACCAUUGGAGUUGUCACCAACUGCGACUAGUGAAAAUACUUGGCAUUUCUGGUAUCAAACCUGAGUUAAAUUUCAUCAACCUUCUGCUAUCAACUUCCCCUGGGCUUGAAAAAAUGACUGUUAAGCCUGCUUCCAACAAUGGAGGAUGGGAAUUGCUAAAAGAUUUGCUGCGAUUCAGGCGAGCCUCUGUACAAGCAGAAAUCAUUUACAUGGAUCCAUAAUUUAUCAGUGUGGCAGCUGAAAGCUUACAUGCCAAGGAAAAAAAAAGGAUAUUAGUCUCUGCAAUUUAUUUAUGUUCAGAAAACUGUCAUACUGGCAGAACUUUAUGAUGACAUUUAUAGUGGUACACAAUUAGGGAGUAUUCUUUUGGACCUCCAAGCUGCCAUACCAUAGUAGAAAUCAUUGAACUUGGCCCUGUAUUCAUGUUCUGUGUUUUUCACUAUAAGUCUCAAACUAAUUUAUAGGUAUGUAAAAUGAAAAUUUUAGGAACUUCUUACUA